AUGUUUGCUAGAAGAGCAUUGACUGCUGUCCCAAGAAGAAUUAUCUCCGUCAGAGCAUACUCUGAAGGUGCCACCGGUUCCACCAGAUCCGACGGCUCCUCCGACUCUUUCACCAAGAGAGAGAAGGCACAAGAAGACUUCUACAUCAAGAAGCACCAAGCUGAACAAAUUGCUGCUUUGAAGGAACAAUUGGCCAAGCAAAAGACCCAAUUGGAAGAGCUGGAAAAGACCAUCAAGAACUAA